AUGAGAAUGACGAGAAGAGAUGCGAAUACUACUCAAUACUCUCACACAAUGAGCUUCCGAAGUUUAUCUCUUCUUCUUCUUCUCCUCGUCACUCUCCUGGCUUCUCCUGCUUUUGCUCUCAAAAAGUCUUACAUUGUGUACUUGGGAUCUCACGCUCAUCCUACUGAUCAACUCUCUUCUGCCCAUCUUGAUGGUGUUGCUCACUCGCAUCGAACUUUUCUCUCCUCUUUCGUGGGAAGCCAUCAAAAUGCAAAUGAAGCCAUAUUUUACUCAUACAAGAAACAUAUCAAUGGCUUCGCCGCGGUUCUUGACGAAAAUGAAGCUGCAGAAAUCGCCAAGCACCCUGAUGUAGUCUCUGUAUUCUUAAACAAAGGAAGAAAAUUGCAUACCACUCAUUCAUGGAAUUUCAUGCUCCUUGAGAAAAAUGGUGUUGUUCACAAGUCCUCACUGUGGAACAAAGCAGGAUAUGGAGAGGACACAAUUAUCGCUAACUUGGACACAGGUGUGUGGCCUGAAUCAAAAAGCUUCAGCGAUGAAGGGUAUGGACCUGUUCCAGCUAGGUGGAAAGGCAAAUGCCACAAGGAUGUUCCUUGCAACAGGAAACUCAUUGGGGCUAGGUACUUUAACAAAGGUUACUUAGCCUACACAGGCCUUCCCUCCAACGCCUCAUUUGAAACCUCUCGUGACUACGAUGGUCACGGUACCCACACUCUUUCCACGGCGGCCGGUAACUUUGUUCCCGGAGCCAAUGUGUUUGGCCUUGGGAACGGGACAGCCAGCGGUGGCUCUCCUAAAGCUAGAGUUGCUGCUUACAAAGUGUGUUGGCCGCCUGUGAAUGGCGCGGAGUGCUUUGAUGCUGAUAUUUUGGCAGCGAUUGAAGCUGCCAUAGACGAUGGUGUGGAUGUUAUUUCGGCUUCAGUUGGAGGAGACGCCGGAGAUUACUUGAACGAUGGCAUAGCUAUUGGAUCCUUCAACGCCGUCAAAAAUGGUGUGACGGUUGUGUGCUCAGCUGGAAAUUCAGGUCCUAAGCCUGGAACUGUCUCAAACGUAGCACCAUGGAUUAUUACUGUCGGAGCUAGCUCUAUGGAUCGUGAGUUUCAAGCCUUUGUUAAGCUGAACAACGGCCAAAGCUUCAAGGGAACAAGCCUCUCAAAGCCUUUGCCCGAAGAAAAGAUGUACAGCCUGAUCAGUGCUGCAGAAGCUAAUGUAGCCAAUGCUAAUGCAACAGAUGCAUUGCUAUGCAAGAAAGGAAGCUUAGACCCGGUGAAGGUGAAGGGGAAGAUCGUGGUGUGUCUUAGAGGCGACAACGCACGUGUGGAAAAGGGACAGCAAGUGGCAGCUGCGGGGGGUUUGGGUAUGAUUCUAUGCAACGACAAGGCGAGUGGAAACGAAAUAAUCUCAGACGCUCAUGUUCUUCCUGCUUCUCAAAUUGACUACAAGGAUGGGGAAGCUGUGUUUGCGUACCUAAAUUCCACAAAAGAUCCCAAAGGUUACAUAAAAGCACCAACUAGUACAUUGAACACAAAGCCUGCUCCUUUCAUGGCUUCUUUCUCUUCCAGAGGACCAAACACCGUCACACCAGGGAUCCUCAAGCCUGACAUCACUGCACCUGGUGUCAACGUCAUAGCCGCCUUCACGGAAGCCACCAGCCCUACGGACUUAGCCUCUGACCAUCGCAGAACUCCUUUCAACACAGAAUCAGGGACUUCUAUGUCUUGUCCUCACAUCGCGGGCGUUGUCGGUCUCUUAAAGACUCUUCAUCCACAAUGGAGUCCUGGUGCUAUCCGCUCUGCCAUCAUGACAACUUCAAGAACUAGAGAUAACAGACGAAAGCCCAUGGUAGAUGAAUCGUUCAAGAAAGCAAAUCCCUUCAGCUACGGCUCCGGCCAUGUCCAACCUAAUAAAGCCGCACAUCCUGGUCUUGUCUACGAUCUCACCACUGGAGACUACUUGGACUUCCUCUGCGCCGUUGGUUACAACAACACCGUAGUUCAACUCUUUGCCGAAGACAAACAGUACAUGUGCCGCCAAGGAGCCAAUCUUCUCGACUUCAACUACCCUUCAAUCACUGUUCCUAACCUAACAGACUCUAUCACCGUCACCCGCAAACUCAAGAACGUUGGCACGCCUGCUACUUACAUUGCUCGUCUCCGAGAGCCACUUGGAGUAAGUGUCUCUGUUGAACCCAAACAGCUCAAGUUCAGCAAAGUUGGGGAAGUGAAAAUGUUUCAGAUGACUCUACGUCCUAAGUCAGCGAAGUCUUCUCGCUACGUCUUCGGCGAGCUGACGUGGACUGAUUCCCAUCACUACGUUAGGAGUCCCAUCGCCGUCGAACUUGCAAGCUAGCCUCAUUCACUAUUAUAUUACCUCAUCUUUUUCACGUUUCCUCUAUCAAAUCAUGUUAUAAGUUUGGAUU